UGCGUAACUCUCUGUUGAACCAGACGCUUGAGAAAGACACGCACUCCAGAAACACAGAGCAACAAGGCAGAUCGUUGUCUUUCUUUUCUUUUUCUCUUUCUUCCACUCUUACUUUUCCCUCUCACUCUCUCUCUCUCUUUUUCUGACAUGGAGACCCUCCACACAGCCAUCAUGGUUACCGGGGUGCCCAAGAAAGAACACUGUACCACCGAGACCAACUAUGUAGAUCUUGGGAGCACCAACACAGUGAAAGUCUCGUUCACCAGUGAAGGAAACCAGCGAGCUGUAUUCAAGCAUAAAGGGAACUAUGUGGAAAAUGAAGAAAGUUGUACAGAUCACAGGAAGGCUGGAAAGGACGUUUCCUACGACAUCUUAGAUAAGGAUUUAAAAAUUGAAAGUUUCCUUGAGAAGGAAGAGACAGCUGUGAUGAGCCAUGAACCAGAGGAAACGGAUUAUACAGACAUGUAUCUGAACAGCAGGUGUGAGUCUGAAUCAGAGUCAGAAGACGGAGAUCCCGACGAAAGAGAACACGACAUGCCGGUGGCCGAGGAGAUAGAAUCACACUACAUCACGACACAUGAGAUUCAGCUCACAGAACUGGACCACGACAUGGACCACGAGCUCGGCCGUGCUGCCAGCUCCUGCUGGGAUUACGAAGACGACAACCUUGUGUACUCGUUCGUGGACUAUGCGUCUUUCAAGAGCGGUGACCAGCCGAGCGGGGAGAGGGGUCAGCGUAGAGCAGCAAGCAGUCGUCCACCCAAACUGGCUGCCACCAAAGCUCUGAUCAGCACCGAGAGCGAAUGUGCGAGCUCAGACGAUGGCGUGCGGAACAUUCACGUCUCUAUAAAAGCCUCGUCCAAGUCAGUAAGCGAGUCUGUGCGGCCGUCUCUGGAUGAGAAUGAACUUCUGCGCAGUUACCAUGAAACACAUGCUAAGAUAGAGGUUCCUUAUGAAAGUCACACACACUGUUUCAUUCCUGCACCUGGACGCCAGCACCUGGCCAGCAAACUGAUGAAAGGCAAAGACGUCACAGAGUACUCCAGUGGUGCAUCCAGCUCCGUGAGCGAGCUGGACGAUGCCGAUAAAGAAGUCCGAACUCUAACGGCCAAAUCUUUCCGCAGCCUUGCAUGUCCCUACUUCGACACCAUCGAUCUCAGACCCUCGAGCGAGUCCUCAGUUUCAGAGCACAGCCUGAGCAUGAACAAAUGGUCCUCUUUCAUUGAUUUCAACUACAGGAAUUACGUCAUGCAGGGUGGCGUCACAGGCGAGCGCAAAAAUUCCACAUGUUCUGUGGAAAUGAGGAAGUGCACAGAAAGUGCAACCGUUAACGUGAACAACAUGACUGAAAGUAGAAGCCAUGAGACAAACACUCAGUCAUCAAAAUAUAAAGCGAGCUGUGAUACAGAGAGAAGAGUGAAAUGCACACAGAACAGAUCAAACAGCUGCGAGCCAUCAACAAGUCAAACCUGUGAUCAGACAGACGUCUCUGUGGACGGAGUGCACAAGAAAGCCGUGUUCGCCUCCAGCCUCCUGCAGAACGUUAUCUCUAAGAAGAUGCGAUUCGAGCAAGAACGCAAACUGGAGUGUGGUGAAGUGAGUUCAGCACACAGAGACAGCACAAGCUGCCAGGUUUUACAAAGACAAGCUUCAGAGUCAGGAUCUCUGCAAUCCGUUGUCUCCGUGGAAGAAGUCGUGGAAAGUUCAAAUGCUGCUUUCAACAAAGGAGAGGAAGAGGAGAGGGAGGAGCCAUGCAAAACAUCACGUACACCUUCAACAGAGAACAUGAACGAGCCAUUAAAGGCCUCACUGCUGGAGGAGAACAACAUAUGUGCAGAGAAAAGCGAGACUAUAUUCCCCAAAGGUUACACUGAAAGAGACGUCACCAACACAACCGCUUCAGUAGAGGCGGCAAAAGAAAACAAGAAAGCGUGCGCUGAAGUGACGAAUAGUAAAACAACAAAAAUGUCACACUUGUAUGUUCCUGGCUCGCAUUUUCAUUCAAAGGAAAGGGAAGCAGUGGAACCAUACACACCAAUAACACAAACAGCUGAUCUCAUCCAAUCAGACAGUAAGACAGCAAACACGGUGGACGCUUCAAACGGCAGCAAAGCGCAGGAGAUCACAAUCCGCCUUCAAAGCAUCAAGGAAAACAAAAACAACCUUCAGCGUCCCUUUAACAUCGCCAGCCUCCUGACACCAAACCUCACCAAGCACAGCAGUGACACCAAGAGCGAAAAAAUCCCACACUUUACGGUGAGAGACGUCCGGGACAGCAGGUGCAAACUCCAAACGCCCAUCCAUCAGGUGAGAGACGUGCGAAAACUAGUCAAGAGUUCAUACCGGUUCGUGUCUAUGGAAAGCGGUGAGAAUAAAACCACAUCACAAGAAGAAAGCGAUGGCGUGAAAAAAGAUCCGGAUAAAAACGACAAGAAAGAAAAGACCCCAAUGGUGAUCAAAUGCCAUUCAGUGAACACAAAUUCAAACAGACAGAACGACCUGGAAAGCGAGAGGUCACCGAUGCAGACCAUCUCCGAGCAGCAGGAGCUUCAGAUAAAGUCAUCCAGAUUUAAAGAAAGCAGCGAUAAAAGGGUUGAGUGCAAAAUGCCAAACCAGGUGGCACUUGAGAAACUAAAAGCAGCUGUAAAGACCAUGGAACAGCUGUAUGUUUUUGACCGGAACGAGUGGCGGCGUAAGACUGAGGCACCGCGGCCAGUGAAAGACAGCCAUGUCCUCUCACUGAUCACUAGGGAGGAGCAAGGAGUUGAUAGCGAGAGGCUGGUGAGAGCAGAACCCCCAAAAAACUCAACUCCUGCUGCAGGCACAAACUUCACCAGAACAAUCACUCAUCAUCUGCAACAGGAUGCUCAGUGUUCCAAUGCCUGUAACAACAUCUCCAGAUCCACCAAAAGCCCCUUUUCCCUCAAAUUCUGCCCUUCAAAAUGCACAAUGGAGAAAAGAGUUGAGGAUGAAGCCGGAGUCACAGUCACAAGCCCUGUGAUGGAUUCGGUAACUAAACAUCCACCCGCACCUGUAUCAGAUUCAGAAAAUUAUCUAACCAUCCCAAUUAAGCCAUGCCCCUUAGACACAAAACCACAUUGCUCCGAACAAAUCCUCGACCCCGCCGUACAGCCUCAGCUUCAGCCCUGCCCACCUCUUCAGCGCUCACCAGUCGUGACGGAGUCGUGGUCUCCUGGGAGCCCAACACUGACCUUCUGUCAGCCUGCACAGAUCCUGUGUGUCACACCUCCUACAGACCCUCUCAUAUCCAACAUGCAACGCAAGCUCCUACUGGAUCCCAUAACAGGGCAGUGCUACCUGGUGGACACGCCCAUCUCCCUGCAGCCCGUCACUCAGAGACUCUACUGCCCUGAGAGUGCUCAGUACCUGGAUGUACCAUUGGCCCUGAGCCCAGCGGCGUAUCUCAUCUCUCCACCCUCCUUUGUACAGCCACAUUCAACCCCUGUUUCCUCACAGGAUGAGAGUGCAAGCAAUAGAACAAGUAUGGAAGUGGGCGGGGCUAAACCAGUCAUCAGUAUUACAUCACAACAAGGACCACGCAUCGUGGCCCCGCCUUCUUUUGACGGCACAACUAUGAGCUUCGUAGUGGAGCACAGAUGAGCACAGAUGUCUGUAAGUGUGUGUGUGUGUGUGUGUGUGUGUGUGUUGAGGAGGGUACCCUGGCUCUCACAUCGGAAUGAAGCAUAACGGGUCCUGCAGAAACUUUGUCAUUUCCUGUGCCAUUUCAGCUUCCUGUCAGCACUGCGGUUUGAAACUGAGCCCUAUUUUUCCCAGGUGUGUGUGUGUGUGUGUGUGUGUAUUCCUUUGUGUGUGUGUGUGUGUGUGUGUGUGUGUACGUAUUUGUGUGUAUGUGUAUGUUUUUGUGUGUGUGUACGUAUUUGUGUGUGUGUGUGUGUGCGUAUUUGUGUGUAUGUGUGUGUACGUUUGUGUGUGUGUACAUAUUUGUGUGUGUGUAUGUAUUUGUGUGUGUGUACGUAUUUGUGUGUGUGUGUGCGUAUUUGUGUGUGUGUGUGUGUGUACGUUUUUGUGUGUGUGUGUACGUAUUUGUGUGUGUACGUAUUUGUGUGUGUGUACAUAUUUGUGUGUGUACGUUUUUGUGUGUGUGUGUAUUUAUUUGUGUGUGUGUACGUAUUUGUGUGUAUGUGUUUGUGUACGUUUUUGUGUGUGUUUGUACGUAUUUGUGUGUGUGUGUGUGCGUAUUUGUGUAUGUGUGUGUGUACAUAUUAGUGUGUGUGUGCGCGUAUUUGUGUGUAUGUGUGUGUGUGUGUACGUUUUUGUGUGUGUGUACGUAUUUGUGUGUGUGUACGUAUUUGUGUGUAUGUGUGUGUAUGUAUUUGUGUGUGUGUGUACGUAUUUGUGUGUGUGUGUUCGUAUUUGUGUGUAUAUGUGUGUGUGUGUGUGUGUGUGUGUGUACGUACUUGUGUAUGUUUUUCUAGAGCUGCUUACCUACAUUCUGUAACUCAUCUGCAGCACUGAAUUCUGGGUAAAUUAGUUACCAUUUCACUGAGCUGUUGUUUGUGUCAUUAAGACAAAAUAAAAGUUCACUCUUCAUCUGCUAAAUUGACUGAUGUGUGGCUGUGUUCCAAUACUGUUUUAUUACACCUGACUGCUGACUUCCCCUUGGUUAAGCUCCCUCAGUCACCAUAUGGGUUGUUUCUUUACUCCAACAAUCUACAGCUGAUGCAAUAUAAAGAAAAAUCAUCAAUGUUCUCAUUCAGUGAGCUUAAAUAGUCAAACUUAAAAUCAGAGGAAUUUCAAUAGUUAAAGUAAAUUGAAUCAGUAUUGGAACACGUCCUUGUGAGCAGCUGAACGUGUUAAUACUUUAGAGAUUAAAGCUAAUUUCAAGACUUUCUUUAACAAAGCUGUGUGUUAAAUCAUCAUGUUCCGGUGUUAGUGCAGAUUAGCUGUGUAUUAGCGCUUUAGUGUUUGUUUCUGCUCCUGGUUUCAUGAAUGUACAUUAAAGGUAUAUGGAUCUGCAGGACAGUCUGUUUACCUGCUCUGUAAAUCGCAUCUUUCUGUCAGGUUUCACAAAAACAAACACAUCUACACUCACAAAUAUCAUUAUGUAGUUGCUCAGUGCUGAUUAAUUUUCUAAUGUCGUGUUUAAGUUGCUCUUUUCUUUUGAAUCGUCUGAGUUCCAUUUACAGAAGCCUCCUACUGCCGAACAAUGUAGUCUAUAAGAGUCCACACUUUACAGUGUCAUGGAUAACCUUUAGCAAACGUGGCUAGCUCAUUUACAGUAAGUAGUUACUGCAGAAAAUGUAGUGUUAGCCUAACAGGGCUAGCUAGCUGGCUAAUGUUUGAACAGUGAUGUGUUAGCUUAAUUUAUGUUACUAAACUAUUAUCAGAUGGCUAGUUACUGGCUGAUCAUGUUUCAGCCCAGCUCACGAUGUGCUAAUCACAGGCAUCUUACGCAUGCUAAUUAACUGAGAAAAAAAAACAUUAAUAAGCUACUAUCAUAAUCUGCCACUUUUUUUUGUUGCUAAAACAGUAUUAGCACCAGGUUAUGUGUGGUCUGUCUUUACAUACUGAACAUUCUAUGAGUCUAACUUAAGGUAUUUGUUGUUGUUGUUGUUUUACAGAUUGAGUCUGAAAGAAGGAAGAGUUCAUACACCAUUCAUAGGAGCGUAAUAAUGCAUGGAAGGCACUCACAAGACUCUUUAGACUUAAGAUUUCAUUUGAAGUACAUCACCAGGCUCCAUCGAGAGUUUAGAGACUUUUCUUUAUGUAUUUGUACAUAUUCUGUCUCUCAAACUCAGAGCCUUUUGUUCCUACUUUAAAUGUUCUUUUGACACUGUUGAAUAUUGUGAGAGGUGUCUGAUGCAUUAUUAAACUCUUACGCAGGGUUUAUGGACAUCCAUAGCUGAGACUGUGUGUAAUGUAUGUGCCAUUUACUAAAGAUUCAUUGUGAUAUACAGUAUUAAACAUUACGUUAUACAUUUUCUGAAUAAA